CCCGUAAGCAUACCUCGAAUUCUCCAAAACGACCAAAUCACACAAACGGCACUGUUCAUCCAUUUCCCCCUGCUUAGCAGAAGGAUUAUUCACAUUUCAUAGACACUGUCUUGAAGUGUUGUCUUUUUAGUUACUGAGCCAAGCCUCAGGCGCACCACAAACCAAAACAACAUUACUGCGUGUCUCAAGCGCAUCAGUCGCAAGCGCAGCCAUGGCACGAGUUACAAGGUCCACGAAAAUUACAAUCUCAGAGGAUGAAACCAGCCAGUCCAUACCCCAGACCCAGCAUAUUCCGUCAGCCGAAGCACGGGCUCCUUUACAAGAGAUUAGCAACACCACCGAAGAGAUUGUGAGCCUCGAAGACGCCCAGAUCGCCGACGAAGAGAAGAUACUCAAAGCCGCGUUUAAGACAGCAAUUGGCAUCAAGAAGAAGAAUAAACGAACGAAGAGUAAGAGGAAUGUCGACCAGGAGCAACACCGCAACGACGAAGUUAUCCCAGACGAUCAACCAGCAUCCUUGUCACCCGCCGCGGCCGCAACCCGCGCACUUCUGCGAUCCGACUCAGGGCCCAUUGCGCAAAUCCGCGACGAACUGCAAGCAACACAUCUAGGAGGAUCAGAACAAGACCCAAUGGCAAUUGACGCGCCCAAUCCGACUACUACAUUCACAGGGCGACUUACGCGCAGUCAAAUGAAAGGUGUACAGCCAGUGGGGCAGGAACAGGCUUAUUCCUAUAGUGGACCCAAAAUAUCCGAAUAUAUAGACGGGGAUGGAGAUGUUGCGAUGGGAGGCGCCACUCGAGGCUCUGCCUUGCAUAUUGAGGACAUCGACGAAUGCGCCAGAGACAUAACACCUGAGCCAAAAUCUUCGCAUGACGACUCGUUCGUCGAGCAUAUUGUGGGCCGCUCUCCUGCGAAGCCAGUGUCCCGACGCCUCUCGGUGGAGGAGAUGGUGGCCCUCCACUCAUCUGCUAAGUCUUCCCCAAGAAUCGAAGACUCAGUGGAUGAGUUGGAUAGAUUUGAGGAAACUAUCAUUCGAUCGCCUGCCAAGCCUGUCUCGCGCAUCGAGGAUUCUGUCGAGGAGCUAGACUUAUUGGAAGACAUCAUGGAAGCACUCACAGAGGCCGCGAGGGCCCAGGAGCUCGCGUCUCCAGUGAAGUCUAGAAAGGCAACACCUGCUAUACUGAAAUCUUCUCGUCCACCUACUUUGUCGCCAGCUUUAAGGCCUACUCCUGUCAAGGCUAAAACCAUCGGGGUUCGAGAAGGAAAGGCUCUGAUGAAUGAGAUGUUGGCGAAGAAAGCUGCCUCGGGAACGUCGACUGUCCGCUCAAAACAAGUCGCCGCGAAGAAAAGCGUACUGCCACCCACCUCAACACGUUCUGCCUCGGCCGAGCCAAAGCCUGCCGCACCUAUCACCAAGCGGCCAGCAGCCAAGCGUCCGGUCAGCCUCAUGCCUCCAAAGGAGCCAAUCAAGUCUACCAAAGCCCCAACGCGCUCGACAUUUGAGCUUCCUGGUGAAGCCAUCUCGCGGAAGCUGAAAGAGCAACGCGAAGCACGCAUUGCUCAGCGCCAGUCAAGCGUCUCCUCGGACUCGACGCCACCAAUCGUUUCCGCCAAGGCAAUGGCACCGAAGGUCAAGUCAACAAAGGCCCCAACUAGACCUACCUUUGAGCUUCCGGGCGAGGCCCUCUCUCGCAAGAAGCGUGAGGCUCACGAGGCACGCCUAAAGGCGCAAGAGGAGGAGGAAAAGAAGCGCAGGGAGUUCAAGGCGAAGCCUGUUCGCAGGAGCAUCGCCCCGAGUAUGCAGCCAAGGCAGACAGCCGCCAGUCUGGCGCGAAGGAGUAUAAUGAACCCCGACGACGCCGGAGAGGGGUUGGUGGUGUCGAAGCGACGCUCAGUCAUUGGCGUACCUCGUCCGUCACUCACAGCCCAGAACCUUGCCAAUUCAUCUGCCCCACGCACGCGUGUGACUGCCCAAGGCGGUGGCCACAUGACGGCUACGGCAAUGAGCGAUGCGUCUCAACGCUCGUCAUCUGGGGUCCCAUCAUUGGUACCAAAGCUGAGUGGAAGGGAUAUAUAUAAGCGUGAUGCGAGAGCGCUGGAAGGUGCGGAGAGGGAGAGAAAGGAGAAAGAAGCUGCUGCGAAGAAGGCCAGAGAGGAGGCAGCUGAGAAAGGCAGACAGGCGAGUAGGGAGUGGGCAGCGAAACAGAGGAGGAAGAUGAUGGAGGGCAAGAUUCCCGAUGAGGGUCUCAGUGCUGGGUAUGGACCCGGUGGGCAACUGGGCUUGAAGGGCUAGGUGUGGAGUAACUGUAUGAAUGAUGUCGACAGGUUGUGGGUGACGAGACGGGAGUGUGUUUUUGUUAAACACCAUGUUUUGAUUUACUUUGCUUGCUGACAGUCAGAUUGGGGAGCACAAGUCGAUGUAUGGUCGGCUUGGGAGGGAUCAAUCGAUCAUUGCUUGUGAGUUGAGGAUGAUUACUCGCUCGUUUUAUACAUAUGUUUCAUUUGUUGGCGCGGCGAGUUGGGAAGCGUGUAUUAUUGGGGAGAGCGGGAUUGAGUCUGGCGUCAGCUGACAGCGUGUAUUAUUGAAUGAUUAUUAGUGAAAGAAUUGACUGAAUGGAAC